UGCGAUAACAAGUAGCUACUGAAAAAAACAAUAACAAACCCAAAAUGUCUCGUUUAACGACUCGAAAUGUCGAGUCAAAGGUAAUGUCAGAGCUCGCAGAGGCAGCUAAACUCCAAAAUACUGACUCCGAAUCAACUAAAACUGCUCCAGUCAAGAAAUACAGAGUCCAUCAACUCCCUUAUUACAUUCAUCAGACCCUUUGUCGUCAAUUGGAGGAAGUUAACGAACGAGAUCCGGAUUUUUGGAAGCGAUUUGCUGAAAUUUGUGGCUUAAAUUCGACUAAAAUUCAGGAGAUGGAAUACAAGCACAAAAAAGGCGAAAUUCCCUCGUUAAUUGAUGAAAUUAUCGGAAUUAUGGGUGAUCGAGACAAAUCUGUGAAUCAACUUUUCGUAAAUUUAGCGAGACUCAAACAACACCGUUCGAUGGAUGUCAUCAAGAAAUUCGUCGAACCCUAUUACUACAAAUAUUGCAAAACGGAAGAAGAAGCGUCCCAAAGUGUUCAAGUUCCUGAUAUUUCGGAUCUUUUGAAGAAUACAACCAUCCAAGAUGGCAUUCCCGUGAGCUUUGAACUCCCAUUAGUGCUUGACAUGCAAUCCUCCGAGGCAACUUCAACGCAAGAAACGAGCGAAACCCGUUCUGACACUCGUACAGACCCAAGUCUCGUGGCUCCGUCGUUCGUUUCAAGCGAAAUUGACAAGCGGGAAUUCGUUCAUGCCGUUCCUGAAGUGAAUUAUGACGAGCUUGCCGAAGCAACAGGCAAUUGGGAUCAAAAUAACGUUCUCGGAAGAGGAGGAUUUGGUACAGUUUUUCGUGGCGUAUGGAAAAAUACACAAGUUGCCAUUAAAAGAAUCGAACCGCGUGACAAAAACUCAUCAAAAGCUGAUUACAAGUUGGAAUUGAAGCAAAGUAUGAACGAAUUACGGUUUCUGAACUCGUGUCGGCAUGACAAUGUCUUGUCACUUUACGGAUAUUCGCUUUCUGGGCAACAUCCAUGCUUGAUUUAUCAACUUAUGCUCGGCGGAACACUCGAACAACGUCUUUUCUCGCCGAAUUCCUUGACGUGGCAACAAAAAUAUUGCAUUGCUCUUGGCACGGCGCGUGGUUUACAGUAUUUACACACUUUUAGGGACAAACCUCUAAUUCAUGGCGACAUCAAACCAGCAAAUAUCUUACUCGAUCAAUGCCUGACGCCAAGAAUUGGGGAUUUUGGGCUCACUCGAGAGUCGCAAAGUCAAAAACCCGUCGAAAUUUCACGAGUUUACGGCACAAGACCCUAUUUACCGGCGGAAUUUAUCGAAACAAAAUGCCUUUCGACGAAAAUUGACACGUACAGCUUCGGAUGUGUCUUGUACGAAAUGGCUACAAAACAAAAAGUCUUCGUUAAAAGUCGAAUUCCCACACAUUUGGUCGAGCUGAUGCGAAAUUACUUCAGCGAAAAGCUCUCUUACACGGAAAUUAUCGAUGCCACACAUCCCUUCGACCAAAUCGGGUCCUACAUUUUUUCGAUAUUGACGAAAUUGGGACAAGAAUGUACCGCUGCCGAUCCUUGCGAUCGUCCCGAAAUGCAACUUGUGUGUCGGAGGAUCGAAAGUUUCUUCCAAAAACCGCAGCAACAACCGCAGAAUGCUUAAAAAAACGAAAAUUUCCAUUAGAAUUAAGUAUUGAAAAUUUAAUCUCUGUAAAAAAAAUUAAAAUUAACAAUUUUUUUACACCAAAAAUGAAAGUUAACCAUCUCGAACGA